AUGGAGACUGUGUCUGCAUCCCCUCACAUGGACAUGGAACCCCAAAGCGGCUUUAGUGAGGGAGCAUGCUGCAAACAAGACUCCCCAGACAGUUUGGGCAAAGGGCCCCCUCGUGUAGACAGCUACUCAGAAAUGGACACCAGACCCCCUCUGACCCCAGAUACCAUGAUGGCCUUGGAUAUGGACUCACAACUAGGCACACACUCCCUGGAAGGCGCUUUCCAGAUGCACGAGCUCAUCAGUGACCUACCAACACUGGACUGUCAGCCAACUGAGCCAGAACCCACCUCCCCUACUGAUAGUCCUCUGAAUACCAGCGAUCAGGUGUACCAAGAGACUGCCACCUCAUGCCCACCCUGUCCCCUGCACAUAGCCAUAGGGAAAGGCCAGGCGCAGAUGGUGAGCCGGUCUUCUGAUUCCGACCUGCAGGCUUCUGGCAGCCGUGGACUGUUCUUGACAGAUGGUGACACUGGACAGAUGUUUAGGCUUUUUCAGUAUGAGGGGGGCACGCUGGCAGACACGAGUACAGGAACGCCCUUGGCUACGUUAGACGGCUUAACUAAAAAUGAGGAACACUCAGGUACCGGCAUGUUGGCAUGGGAGCAGGGAGAGACGCCUUCCUCCUCAUCUUCCUCCUCUGAGCUCAGCAGAGAAGAUGCUUCUACUAAUCAUCCUGAAUCAGAAAUUACUCAGCAACAACGACCCCCGCAGGAAGAUGACCAGGAGACUCAGAUGCGGUUUCCUCACUACCCAGCUGUGGCAAAAGUUCCAGGCCCUUGUGAUCCAGAAGAUUUGCUGGGUGGAGUAAUUUUUGGGGCCAGGUAUCUUGGAUCUACACAACUGGAAUGUGAAAGACACCAAAUGCCAAGUACCCAAAUGAGACAAGCACAAGAAGCGGUGAACAGGGUGAAGGCACCAGAUGGAGAGUCUCAACCUAUGACAGAGGUGGAUGUUAUGGUUUCAACACAACGCAUAAAAGUACUAACUGCAAAUACACAGGAAGCCUUGAUGGACCACCCAUUGCAGACAAUUUCCUACACAGCUGACAUUGGUAGUAUUGUGGUAAUUAUGGCACACAGAAAAUUACCCCGUAGCUCAGACAAGCCUUCCUCCCGUAAAAGACCACAUAGGAUUAUAUGUCAUGUCUUUCAGUCCGCGGAUGCACAACUCAUUGCUCAGGCCAUUGGACAGGCCUUUGCUUUGGCAUACCACAACUUUCUCCAUUCUAAAGGUGCACAAUCCGAGCAAACUGAGAAAACACAGAUGAAUGAACUGUACAAUGCAGAUCUUGACCACUUUACCAAGCAAGACAACUGCAAAGAGGUUUUUAUUCCGAAACAACAAGGCGAAGUGCUGGGUGUGACUAUCGUUGAAUCAGGUUGGGGAUCUCUACUUCCUACUGUUGUCAUUGCAAAUCUUAUGCAUGGAGGACCAGCAGAGCGCAGUGGAGAGCUAAGCAUUGGAGAUCAUGUAAUAAGUGUCAACGGCACAAGCUUAGUGGGGCUUCCCUUUUUUUUCAUGCCAGGGGCUAAUACGGGUGAGUUAGGAACUCAAAGCGUGUAUUAUCUUCAAACACCAAUGAUACAGUGCAGUCUGCAUAUUUUAUUAACUAGUUUAAAGACUCUGUAAAGCAAGCUGUGAAUCUGUAGAAAAUGAGAGAGGGUAGAUUGUUCUAG